GAAGGAAGGAAGGAAGGAAGGAAGGAAGGAAGGAAGGAAGGAAGGAAGGAAGCUCCUUCUUCCUGCAAAAGUCCCUUCUCAGCCGGCCCUUUGACAACCUCUGGCGCUUCCCGCUCCUUGCGCGCAGAGUCAGGUGUGGCGCGCGGGCAGGCAGGCAGGCAGUGCGCCUGUGCAGCACAAGCAGCAGCAGCAGCAGCAGCAGCAUUAUUAUCAGCAGGAGGAGGAGGAGGAGGACCUGCUUGUGCUGCCACGGGGCUCCAAGGCAAGCAAGGCACCCAGGAAAAGCAGGAAGAUGGCGGAGCCGGCGCCAACGCGGACCUCUCCUUCCUACACGCGGGCUUCAGCUGUGGAUGGAUUUCUGAAGACUGAUGAAAGGCAAAGACUCGCUAGAGAAAGAAGAGAAGAAAGGGAAAAAUAUCUUGCUGCUAGGGAACAGCAAAUCUUAGAAAAAGAAAGGAGAGCAAAGCUUCAAUACGAAAAGCAAAUAGAGGAACGGUGGAAGAAGCUGGAGGAACAGAGGCAGAGGGAAGAGCAAAAAAGAGCAGCUGUUGAAGAAAAGAGGAGACAAAGGCUCAGAGAAGAAGAGGAGCGAUUAGAAGCAAUGAUGCGGAGGUCCAUGGAACGAAGUCAGCAGCUGGAGCAAAAACAGAAGAGAUGGUCGUGGGGAGGAGCACUGGCUGCAGGCUCUGGAGACAGAGAUGGUGAAUCAGAAAAUAGCCCACCCCCUCUAGGUUUAGCUGCCAACACCCUUCUUCCAGACCCUCUGACCUCAACUGCUGCAACCGAUUCCUCCAAUGCAUGUGACAAACUUUCAGCCUCUACAAUGAAUCUUCCAAAGCAAAUGGAGUCGCCUAUCAAUAAGCGCCUCUCCUCCUCCACAGCAACAAUAACACAUUCCCCUGACAGAGCUCAUCGCAUGCACCUUAGUCCAAUGGAAAACUUUAUUAUUUCACGACUAUUGACUCCCACACAAGCUUCUUUAGCCAGAAGCAGAAGUACAUUAAUGCUUUCUGAGCAAUACAAUGAUCCAGUAUUCCAUAUCUGUCCUCGUGUAGCACCAGCUAGCCCUCUUAGAUCUCCUUACAAGCCUUCCCCCACUCGGAGUAUGGAGAGAAAGAAGGCAACUUCUCCUUCCACACCAGAUGCAGUGAAGGGAGCAAGUGCUACUGAAGUCUCCCAGAAUGAGAAGAAGAAAAAGGAGAAACGACCCACAACACCUGGCACAUCGUCUGGCUUGGGAUCUCCUCUUCGAAGAUCUGAUUCCCCUGCAGCUAUGUCUAAGCGAUCAGCUUCACCUGCUACUCCAAAGUCCGUCACAAAGACUUAUCCUCAGUCUCCAAAAACUAUUAAACAGUUUCCUGCUUCUCCUGCGAAACAUCGCACCACUUCAAAUCUCAACCAAGAAACACCCAAAAAAAGGGCAGAAAAACAUAAAGAUAAUCAAAGGGAAAAUACUAGCCUGAAGGCCCAAACAUCACCUGCUGAAGAACCUGCAAGCCAACCUGUAGCUGAAAAAGUUGUGCCUUCUUCUGGAAAGAUAGAAAGCAGUGAAGGGAAAACUGCAGCCGGGACAACAGAUGCUGAGGAAGCUACAAGAAUUCUAGCAGAGAAAAGACGUCAAGCUCGCCUCCAGAAAGAACAGGAGGAAAAAGAAAGGCAGGAGAGAGAAGAGCGCAAAAGGCUAGAGAGAGAAGAGCUGGAAAGAAAGGCAGAAGAAGAGAGGAUCCGACUGGAGGAAGAGGCCCGUAAACGAGAGGAAGAAAGAAAGCGUGAGGAGGAAGAGAUUAAGAGAAAAAUUGAAGAGGAAGCUAAAAGAAGAGCUGAAGAAGAACGUAUGCUAAGGGAAAAGCAGGAAAGAGAAUUACGAGCUAUGAUUGAAACACAGAAAGAAGCAGCAGAAGCAAAGGCCCGGGAAGCAGCUGAACAUCUGCGCCUAGAAAGGGAACAAAUUAUGCAACAGAUAGAGCAAGAAAGACUGGAGCGAAAGAAGAGAAUUGAUGAAAUAAUGAAAAGAACACGAAAAAGUGAAACACCAGAAAUUAAGAAGGAAGACACAAAACUGGAGGUGCCAACAACUCUGAAUGUGGACAGACAACCAAAGCCACUUGCCAUCAGUCAAACUGAAAUGAAUGGACUGGCAAACUGUAAAGAUGACAAAGGCCUAGGCUGUGCUGUGCCUGACUCUUUCCCUCAUGAUGUAUUUUCUAAUGGACUUAAACCACUUAUGAGCCUUAUUCACUUGGAUGCAGUGGAUGGGAAAUCUCACAGCAUGGAUGAUUCAGCAGAUGAAGUUCAGUCUAUGGAUGUGAGCCCUGCUUCAAAAGAAGAGCUCAUAUCUAUCCCUGAGUUUUCACCACUGAAUGAGAUGAUGCCUGGUGUUUCUUUGGACCAAAAUGGAUCAAAUAAUGGGAAGGCUCUUGAAGAACUACUAGAUUUCACCGGCCAGGCCUCUUACCCAAAAUUAUCAAGUGAAAGUAUUAGCAUAGAUGAUUGUAAUAAAAAUUUAAUUGAUGGAUUCAAUAGUCCAGGACAGGAGACAACUCUCAACAGCUUUUGUUGACAAACUGCUAUUCAGCAACAAGAGGACAUAGAAGAAUAUAGAAUACGACCACUGCUGCUCUCAGUACAACAAGAGCUUGUCAUUUAAAGAAGCUGCUGCAGUCCACACUGGAAAUCAUGUUAAUCUGCACUGAACUUACUGUCUUCCCACAUGUACUGUUGAGCAAGUAGUCGUUUUGGUAAACAACGGAAACUUCAGUUUAAUGUGAUUUCAGGGAACAUUGUGGGAUAUUUUGUUUGUUUGUUUAGAAUUCGAGCUGCUAAGAAAAUAUAUAUCCUAAUGGGUUCCAAGUGAGUCCAUCCAUUUGUUUUAAAACCAUUUUUUUAAAUGUCGUCAUUGAAUCAUCCGGAUUUUUUGUAAAAGGACAUUGGAAUGAAAUAGUGGUUCCUGUGUUUGCCAUGUGCAAGUCUUUUCUGGUUUGUUUGUUAUACCUUGGGAAAAUAUUGUUUUUAAAUGCCAUUUAUCAUAGGCGUUUUGUUGUGCAUCUAUUAACUGAGAAAGCUUGAAAAAUAUGCAAUUGCUGGAAUCCAUGAAAGAGGGUUUCUUGUAGACAGUGGAUUAUCCCUCAUUAAACUAUGGCACAAAACAUUUUAUUUGCAUUACAUUGCUGUCGAUAACUUUCUUGGCACAGAACUGUGGCUACCACUAAUAGAAUGCUAAAAGGAAUUAGUAAGCUCUUAUUAAACGAGUCUUGAAAGCAUAUUUAAUUUUAACUAUUCAUGAAAAAAGACCAAUACCUUUAACCACAUGUAUUAUAUUAUUGUAUAGGCAAAUGUAUUAUGAGGUCUACACUGAUGAUAUGUUAAUGUCCAAGAUAUAACAUCUCUUAUCAAUAUCCGCUGGUUUUCAUUCAUGGGAUUUACAAAUAUCCUAUAACACUGCAUUGCAUAAUCAACAGCAAACAGUAUAUCAACGUGGGCAACAAGGUAUCGCAAGGCAUAACAACAAGAGGCAAAAGUUGUAUUCAUGUGUGUAAUAGCCUAUAAUCUCUCACUCAACAAACACGUUUGUGAAGAAAUCCUUUACUGAAAAUACAUAGGCAUUUUAUAAUUUGUACUAAGGGCAUGUUCAGCCCAAUUAAGCAUUUAAAAUUCUUCUGAUUUCAGUGGGCAAAUUGAACUUUUUGGAUGUCCUACAUUAAAGCCAACAGCCCUUAAAAGUGUUUAAUCGGACUUGGAUUGUGCACAAAUAACUCCUUUGUGCCAUAUUCUGCACUGCCUAUAGGACAGUUCUGCCCAAUUCUUUACCGCAAACUAUUCUGUUGAAGCUAAUGAAACUGGAAACUUUUUUAUUUAGGGAUGUGUUAAAAUGUCAUGUAGCUCUCUAUUCAUGUGACUCUCAAAAUGGCCCCCUGUUGAAGAAUUAAAAUUGUUAAUGAAACAAUGUGGUGAUAUAUAUACACAAAUGCUUACAAUAUUUAUGUUGAUGUAUUUCAGCAAAAAUGAGUCCUUUGGUGACUGUGCAGUAUGUUGUAGCAUGGUAUAGUGUCUUUCAAGUUUAUUCUGCAAUUUCCCUCCUAAACAAUAAAAAAUACCAAAUCGA